GCAGAUCGCACAGCGCAAUACUGUCUGUUAUCACUGGGACAUCACAGUUGGCCGCACCAAAUCCAUUGCAAGGUGGAAUCGUUUCCAACUUGGGCAACAUCGACGGCGUCAACCUGUGGCCGGUUUUGUCGCCGCCAAGACGGGCGCUGCGGACGCCUGGCCGCGCCGAGAAUUGCUCGUCAACGUUGACCAGGACUCUGGUGUGGCGGCCUACCGAGACGGCGACUUCAAGCUGAUCGUUAUCGGUGAACCUCAGAAACAGGACCAAUCAUCGCAUCCCUUGAGAGACCCCGCGCUACAACAACACGUUCCCACGCCAGGAAAGGCGCGGCCCUUUUGCUGGGCCGCAAAUACAGCGACCUUCUAUCUCAACUCACUGAUGAGGUCGUCUCUGACCUGGAAGACGCUGCAAAAGUUUUACAGUCGUCGAGGUGUGCUGGACGUGCCUCCCGGGUGGCGACAGCAAGCUGCUGUGCGUUGCGAUUUGGGAAAUGCUUCUGACCCGGCCAUCAGGCUGCACAAAGGCAUUUACCUGUUCGACUUGGCACGCGAUCCGUGCGAGCUCAAUAACUUGGCAGUGGAGCUACCCUCGGUGGUGGCCAGUCUAUCGGAGAAGAUCCAGUCUCACGCCGCUGCUGGGCAACCACCGAAGGACCAUGAAAGCAAUCUGAGGGGUCUGGCAGGAGUGAAUGGCUGCGCAUGGGCGCACUGGCAAGACGAGGAACAGACAGCGUAUCGAGACUGUCCAUGCUUUGUGAACUGAUCACGGAAGCACUAUACUUAUGUGCUAUGUGCCCUGCAGAUUAA